AUGUCGUGGCCGAUGUCUCCAGCAUCUCAACCUUCAUCAUCAUUGCAGUCAUCGACUUCCUCCCGCAUAUUCCACAUCUACAAUUCCUUCCCGAUACAUUACAGGAUAUCAGACUCCCAGAAACGGCCCCUCUACCAUGUCGAUAACUCCUAUUUCACUCCCGGCACCCCUGACCUAAGCCUACAUCUAGGCGAAGAUAGGAAAGGCCCGGUGGCCGCCGUUUGCAAAUUCGUCCUAUUUUCAACCUGCUCGAAAAUCGGGUUAACAACCAAGAGCAAGAAGAGAUGUAACGAUUAUAUAAGUAAUGACGUUUUCAAAAUCGACCAUGUUAGCACAAGCACCGAAGAUAUGGCGUGGGAAGACAUGACUAGGCAAAGCCGAGACCAUUCAACAUAUAGAUUCGAAUUGGACCUUCUCAUGCAAGAUCAGCAAACGGGAGCAGGACUCGGACGCCGCGCGUUCGUCUGGAAGAGAACUCAUUCUAUGGGGGUGGAAUCUUCUAAGCCAUCCAAGCUAAGCGCAUGCAAUUAUAAGCUGGUCGAUGAGGAGACGGGUAAGAUUGUUGCGGUUAUUGCAAACAACGGGUUAAAGAGCAUGAACAAGAAGGGGAAGAUUGAAGUAUUCGAUACCGAUGAAUAUGCGUUUGCAGGGGAACGACUUGAUGUUAUGAUUUUGAUAACUGGGAUUGCCCUGUUUGAGAAGGAAAGAAGAAGGAGGGCACAGCGGAGGUACGAUUAUUAUUGA